UCCCGAUGGGGUAUCUGCUCCUUUGGGGGCAACUGUCAUCCAUGGGUGGGGUUAUCUUCCCCCCUCCUCCGGGCAUCUGUGAUCCCCGGGGCAUGUCUGGCCCCCACAUCAUGUGUAACCUUGGAAGUAUCUGCCCCUUGCAGAGUAUCUUCUCUCCCUGCCCCCCCCAGGCAUGUCUUACCUGGGAGCGUUUCUGUCCCUCCCGAGCCACAGGUGACUGCUCUCCUGCAGGGUAUCUGCUCCCCCCUCCAUGGGGGCAUCUAUGAUCCCCUGGAAUACCUGUAAUUCAAUGAGGGGUACUUGCCUCUACCCUGUGGCCAUCUGUGACACCACGGGGGGUACCUGUCCCUGCCAGCAACAUCUCUUACUCAUUGUGGUGUUCCCCCCCAGUCACUCAUAGGGACCCUGUGGUAUUGGGGGCCAGGUCCUGCCCCUUGUGCUGGUUUCAGGGAAUCAGGCCACCUCCCAUGGGAGGGAAGGAAAAACAGCCUUAAGUGGAUUUUGGCUGGUGUUGGCCCCAGCCUGGCGCCAGGAGGAUGAAUCCCAGCUGCAUAUGGGGCUGAUGAGGGGCCAGGAUGGGCAUGAGUGUCAAUCCAGGACACAGUGGGGUGCCAGGGCGGGAUGCACUGUCUUCUCCGUGUCCUCAGUGCUGCCCAAUCUGCUGCAUUCCCACAUCCCGUGAUCAGCGGCCACGGGUUGUGCUGCACCACGACCUUUGAGAUGAGCUGUGCUCAUUCCACAGCACCUGGAGCCCAGCUGCCCUCCAGUGCUGCCGUCCUGACCUGCUGUUGCCCAGGCAGAGCGAUGGCAGCAGUGUUGGCUCUGCUGGUGACCUGGGUAGCUGCCACUGCAGCAGUGACGGUGACACAGGACUCACUGCUCAAUGUCUGCAUGGAUGCCAAGCACCAUAAAACAGAGCCUGGCCCUGAGGGGCAGCUCUAUGGGCAGUGUAUCCUCUGGAAGGACAAUGCCUGCUGCACUGCCAACACGAGUUUGGAAGCUCACCAGGACCAGUCCUACCUGUACAACUUCAACUGGGACCACUGUGGGGCUAUGCCAGAGAAGUGCAAGCGUCACUUCAUCCAGGACAUGUGUCUCUAUGAGUGUUCCCCUAACCUGGGGCCAUGGAUAGACCAGGCAGACAGCAGCUGGCGGAAGGAGCGGAUCCGGGAUGUGCCACUGUGCCAGGAGGACUGUGAGCAGUGGUGGGAGGAUUGCCAGGAUGCUGUCACCUGCAAGGUCAACUGGCACAAGGGCUGGAACUGGACUACAGGCACCAACCAGUGUCCCAAGGGUGCCAUGUGCCAGAAGUUCAAGUUUGUGUUCCCCACGGCGGCUGCACUCUGUGAGCAGAUCUGGUCUGGCUCCUACCGCUACACAUCCCACCACCGUGGCAGUGGUCGCUGCAUCCAGAUGUGGUUCGAUCCCAUGCAGGGGAACCCCAAUGCUGUUGUCGCCCAAUAUUACGCCCAUGGCAAUGCUCCCCCAAACUCCCCGCUCUCUAUCCUGCUGUCCCUGCUGCCCCUCACCCUACUAGCCCUGCUCUGAGCAGGAGGGGCUGCAGGCAGGAGCAGGCAGUAGGUGGUCAGGAUGGCCACCAGGCUGCCUUGUGCCACCCCAUAGGUUGUCCCCAAGCUGUGUCCCCCCCAAGGCAUGUGGCUCAUGAAUAAAUGCUCCUGCCCUG